AUGAACCCGGACCCCAACCUCCGCAGAUCCAGGAUGUGGGACCGGCUUUCGUUGAACAAGCUGGGCGGCUGGUUGAAGAAAGACGAGGCUGGGGCUGGAGCUGGAGCCCCGCCGCCAGACGGCGAGCCGGAGGCCGUCCAGCAGGAGCCUGAUAACGAGAAGCAGCAGGGAAAGUCCGGCCUGUUGACCAGGCGCUCGUCCCGCAAGGUGGUGCCCGGCCUGCCGCGUCCCGCCACCUUCAGACGACAAGAGUCCGAGCGACGAGAGCGGCUGGUGCCCUACGAACCAGGCCACAACGAGCGCAGGACCAUUUCGUCUGAGCCGAGAGCCCAUUCGGUUGAUCGCCAGAGCGUGGGAACGUCCAGGCGCGGCGCUUCUCCUCCGCCCAAGUUCCACCUUCGCUCGUCAGCGCCCGACUCCCUCAGUCCCUUCGCUUCCGAAGCGCAUGAGUCAUCCCUGCGGCAGGAGCGUACCCCGCACAAGAACAAUGAUCGUCCCGACGACGAAGACACCGGAUCCAUGGCGUCUCAGAGCCGCUGGAGAUAUCCGCCUCCGCUCUCGGCGGCCGGACAGCAGUCAGAUCAUGACGGCUCGACGGACGGCGUCGACGAGCUCGUCAUACAGCAGGAACUGGAUGCGAAGUGGAUUCUGAACCUCAGCAUGCAUUUCAGAGACAUGUCUGACCGGGAGAAGUUCUUCGUAACCUACGCUGAGCAGCCCAACAGGUGGAGGAGAGUGACCGUGUCUAUCGAUUUCCGUGAUGCUGAACCGGAAUCCCUGGAGGCUGACCUCAAGAGCUUGCACUACCAGCGGGACAAAAGCGCCCGCAUCUACGAAAGCAUCCGGGAUUCCCUGCCAGACAUACAGUUCUACGAGACUGUCACCAACUUGAAGCUGGAAACCCGUGAAGGCCGGCUCCACGUUCACGUCACUGAGGACAUGAAUGAGAUUAUCCCCUACCCGCCCUUGUCUGCCAUUGCCCACCUGGAUUGCCCCGUGUUCCGCGAGAGUGAUGUCAACUUUGAGUCCCACCUGUCUGGCUUCGUUUAUAGAGUUUCCGCCCAUGGCCAGGUCUACAUCAAAAAAGAGAUACCCGGUCCUGAGUCUGUCGAAGAGUUCCUGUACGAAACGAACUGUCUCAGUCGAGUGCGCGGCGCCCACAGUGUCAUACAAUUUGCAGGAGUCAUUGUCGAUGACAAACGGCAGCUCGUCACUGGGCUCCUCAUCGAUUUUGCCGAAAAGGGCGCGCUUGUGGACCUGCUCUACGACUGGAAGAAUUCCGCCGAGAUGAUCUGGCCCAGACGGGAAAGAUGGGCUAAGCAGAUUGUCCAGGGUCUGUCUGAGAUCCACGAGAGCGGCUUCGUCCAAGGAGACUUCACCCUUUCGAACAUUGUCAUCGAUGCCGAUGAUGAUGCCAAGAUCAUCGAUAUCAACAGGAGAGGAUGUCCCGUGGGAUGGGAACCACCUGAGCUGGCGAGACUCAUUGAAGCUGGCCAGAAGAUUAGCAUCUACAUCGGCGUCAAGUCUGAUUUGUUCCAGCUGGGCAUGGUCCUGUGGGCGCUGGCUGAACAGAAGGACGAGCCAGAGCGUGAGGAACGCCCUCUCAUGUGGACACCGGCCAGCGAUGACGUCCCCAAGUACUUCAAGGAGCUUGUAGAAGCGUGCUUGUGGGAAGAACCACGCGGCAGGCCUUCUGCGAGGGAUCUGCUCUCCAGAUAUCCCGAAAUCGACCUUGAGGCCUCGAGGCCCGCAACCACCUCCAGACACAGUCUGUGCACCCAUCGCUCGGAUAAGGAGUAUAUCGAUCCCCGCACUGCCGUCGGCCGUGACGACAUCGACAAACACAAACCCUCUCCAGAGCGCGCCAACCCAACCUUGAGUGUCAACCCAUCGAGCGCGAACCUCACAGAUGUUAUCUCUCCCACUGAGUAUGAUGCUCACAGUUCUGGAUCGUAUGUUGUACCACAGCGCCAUGAGGCCGCCUCGGAUGCAAAGCCAACGCCAGAAUAUUCUCCUUAUGUACGCGCGUCCUCCAAUGUCUCACUUGACGACAGUGAGCCGGAGAAUGACAUGACGUCCCUAUCUGGCCAAACCGAAAGAUGGGAACAAGUCUACAUAGACGGUGACACACGGCUUGUCAACCGCGGGGGCUCACUUGGAAUGGAGGAGCAAGAGUUCCCCACUCACGAACAACCCACAGUCUGCAUACCAACUCCCAAGACUGAACAAAACGAUCCAUUGCACAUUGACCGGCCGGAACCCAGGCACGAAGCACACCCACCAGAGCUCGCUGGCAUGGGAGGGUAUGACCGCGACCUGUCGCCGCCAACCUUGCCGUUUCUAUCUGCAGACGGUUUCCGUAACCCUCGCGCUUCUUUCCACGAUCGCAUGCAGCAACGAAAUUCACAUGACGAUGUAUUGGCGGGAUUAGAUCAGGAAGUUCAGGAGCUUUAUGAGAACAGGAACGACGAUAUAUUUCCACGGGACCGCUUUAGCGCUCCUCUUCACCAAGAUUCUGGAUUUGGCGAGUAUGACAUGGAUGCCGAUCUUCGAGGACUUUCCUUUCCUCCGGAACAUUUACCUCCUCAAAUUGAGGAUUUCGAUCUUGAUCUUGAAUCACAAGAUGAUUUCGACCCUGAAAAGCUCAGGUGUGCCACUCCUGACAACAGAGACAGCGCACCAUUGGGUCAUCGCACAUCCGCCAAUACAGUUAGGGCAAACCGGACUUCGAUCCCAACGACUUUCCCCGAAACCGACGGUCCUCCGUCUUCGGCUGGUGCCAUCUCAGCGUUUGCAGCGUCACAGCAGUCACCGCUCCGCAGGAGUUUGAACGGAUCAACCGAGUUACGCGGAAAGCUGUUCGCCAAUGAACCUUCCAAUAACAGGAGUUGCCAUGCUUUUAAUGCUUUAGGCGCUAACGAGGAGCAUCACGAAAACACUAAGCAGCCGCACUCGGAUCGCGACCACGGGGAUUACCAUCCGCUUUCAACCUCUUCCGCUGCCAAUUCUGCUGUAUGGUUCCCUUGGACGACCCGGACGAAAAGUCCCUCUCCACCCUCCUGA